AUGCGAACAUUCGGGUGUCAGACAUACAUACUGACGCCUAAAGAGAAUCGACUCAAGUGGGAUCCAAAGGCUCGCGCUGGCAUAUUCGUGGGCUACGAAGAAGUUUCGAAGGCAUAUCGUGUUUAUGACAUCGAGGCGGAGCAGGUGGUUAUCAGCCGCGAUGUCAACUUCGACGAGUCCACCUUUGGACUUCAACUGCCGAUCACUGAUGAAGAUGUCGAUGACCUGGACUUCGAAUUGCUGGAUCUUGAUGACGAAGAGCUGCGUCAAAUGGAGUACAAGCAAACAGGCAAGCGCAAGAACCGACUCAAUGAUGAAGAUACAGCAGCUCCACGACCGCGUGCAGUGCGUCAAUGA